AUGGCGGAAUCCCCCAGUAAACCCUCCUGCUAGUUAUUUGAGUGGCGGCUGGAGGAGGAGGAGAGCGGCGGCGGCGGGAGCGGCUGCAGGAUCCUACCGGGCUGCCUCUGGAAAGGCGUGGGAGACCCGGUGUCUGGCGCGCUGAGCCCGCGUUUCCGCCCAAGGAAGGACCCCAGUUGAGGGAAAAGUUCUCCAUGAAUGUAUGUCACAAUGAUGAUGACCGACCACAUCCCUCUGGAGCUGCCGCCACUGCUGAACGGGGAGGUUGCCAUGAUGCCUCACUUGGUGAACGGAGACGCAGCUCAACAGGUUAUUCUCGUUCAAGUUAAUCCAGGUGAGACUUUUACCAUAAGAGCAGAGGAUGGAACACUUCAGUGCAUUCAAGGACCUGCUGAAGUGCCCAUGAUGUCACCCAAUGGGUCCAUCCCUCCCAUCCAUGUGCCUCCAGGCUACAUCUCCCAGGUGAUUGAAGACAGUACUGGAGUCCGCCGCGUGGUGGUCACCCCCCAGUCUCCUGAAUGUUAUCCCCCCAGCUACCCCUCAGCCAUGUCUCCUACCCAUCACCUACCCCCCUACCUGACUCAUCACCCACAUUUUAUUCAUAAUUCACACACGGCCUACUACCCACCUGUUACUGGACCUGGAGAUAUGCCACCUCAGUUUUUUCCUCAGCAUCAUCUCCCCCCAACAAUAUAUGGGGAGCAAGAAAUUAUACCGCUCUAUGGAAUGUCAAGCUACAUCACCCGAGAAGACCAGUAUAGCAAGCCUCCGCACAAAAAACUCAAAGACCGCCAGAUCGACCGUCAGAGCCGCCUCAACAGUCCUCCCUCUUCCGUCUAUAAAAGCAGCUGCACAACAGUGUACAACGGCUAUGGGAAGGGCCACAGUGGUGGCAGUGGCGGAGGCGGCAGCGGCGGUGGGCCAGGAGUUAAGAAAGCAGAGCGGCGAGCAAGAAGCAGCCCAAAGUCAAAUGAUUCAGACUUACAAGAGUACGAGUUGGAAGUAAAGAGGGUGCAGGACAUUCUUUCUGGAAUAGAGAAACCACAGGUUUCUAAUGUCCAGGCGCGAGCUGUUGUGCUGUCCUGGGCUCCCCCUGCCGGACUCUCCUGUGGGCCGCACAGUGGCCUUUCCUUCCCCUGCAUUUACGAGGUUGCCUUAUCAGACAAAGGACGAGAUGGGAAAUACAAGAUAAUUUACAGUGGAGAAGAAUUAGAAUGUAACCUGAAAGAUCUUAGACCAGCAACAGAUUAUCAUGUGAGGGUGUAUGCCACGUACAAUUCCGUAAAGGGGUCCUGCUCGGAGCCUGUGAGCUUCACCACUCAAAGCUGUGCGCCCGAGUGUCCUUUCCCUCCUAAGCUGGCCCACAGGAGCAAGAGCUCAUUGACCUUGCAGUGGAAGGCACCAAUUGACAAUGGUUCAAAAAUCACUAACUACCUUUUAGAAUGGGAUGAGGGAAAAAGAAACGGUGGUUUCAGACAGUGCUUCUUCGGAAGCCAGAAGCAUUGCAAGCUGACAAAGCUCUGUCCAGCAAUGGGGUACACGUUCAGGCUAGCUGCACGGAACGACGUCGGCACCAGCGGCUACAGCCAGGAGGUGGUGUGCUACACACUGGGCACCAUCCCACAGACGCCCUCUGCGCCCAGACUGGUUCGAGCCGGUAUCACAUGGGUCACAUUACAGUGGGGUAAGCCGGAGGGUUGCUCCCCCGAGGAAGUUAUCACCUACACCUUGGAAAUUCAGGAGGAUGAAAAUGAUAAUCUUUUCCACCCAAAAUACACUGGAGAGGAUUUAACCUGUACUGUGAAAAAUCUCAAAAGAAGCACACAGUAUAAGUUCAGGCUGACUGCUUCUAAUAUGGAAGGGAAAAGCUGUCCGAGUGAAGUUUUGGUUUGUACAACAAGCCCUGACAGGCCUGGACCUCCUACCAGACCCCUAAUUAAAGGACCAGUUACAGCUCAUGGCUUUAGUGUCAAGUGGGAUCCUCCAAAGGACAAUGGUGGUUCAGAGAUCCUCAAGUACUUGCUAGAGAUCACUGAUGGAAAUUCUGAAGCCAGCCAGUGGGAAGUGGCGUACAGCGGGGCGGCUACGGAGCACACGCUCGCCCGCCUGAAGCCCGGCACGCUGUACAAGCUCCGAGCAUGCUGCAUCAGCACCGGGGGGCACAGCCAGUGUUCUGAGAGUCUCCCUGUCCGCACACUGAGCAUUGCACCUGGCCAGUGCCGACCACCGAGGGCCUUGGGCGGACCCAAGCACAAAGAAGUCCACUUAGAGUGGGAUGUUCCCAUAUCUGAAAGUGGUUGUGAGGUCUCAGAGUACAGUGUGGAGAUGACAGAGCCAGAGGACGUGGCCUCAGAGGUGUACCAUGGGCCAGAGCUGCAGUGCUCUGUGGGCAGCCUGCUUCCCGGGACGGCAUACCGCUUCCGAGUGAGGGCUCUGAACGACGGAGGGUACGGCCCCUAUUCUGAUGUCUUGGAGAUCACCACAGCCGCUGGGCCCCCGGGGCAGUGCAGAGCGCCUGGUGUUUCUUCUACACCUGAUGGGCGUGUCCUGGUGAGCUGGGAGAGUCCUGAGAGCUCUGGUGCUGACAUCUCAGAGUACAGGUUGGAGUGGGGAGAAGAUGAAGAAUCUUUAGAACUCGUUUAUCACGGAUCAGACACCUGCUUUGAAAUCAGAGACCUGUUGCCUGCUGCCCAGUAUUGCUGUAGACUGCAGGCCUUCAAUCAAGCAGGAGCAGGGCCGUACAGUGAGCUUGUCCUUUGCCAGACGCCAGCAUCUGCCCCUGACCCCGUCUCUGCGCUCUGUGUCUUGGAGGAGGACCCCCUUGGUACCCAUCCCGAUUCACCUUCUGUGUGCCUUGUGCUGACCUGGGUAGCGCCACGCAGCAAUGGGUCUGAAAUCCUUGCUUAUAACAUUGAUCUUGGAGACACGAACGUUACUGUGGGCAAUACCACCACUCAUGUUGUAAGAGAUCUCCUUCCAGAAACCACCUACAGGAUCAGAAUUCAGGCUGUAAAUGAAAUUGGAGCUGGACCAUUUAGUCAGUUCAUUAAAGCAAAAACUCGGCCAUUACCCCCCUUGCCUCCUAGGCUAGAAUGUGCUGCAGCUGGUCCUCAGAGCCUGAAGCUAAAGUGGGGCGACAGUAACUCCAAGACACAGGCCGCAGACGCCAUGGUGUACACCCUGCAGCUGGAGGACAGGAACAAGAGGUUUAUCCCGAUCUACAGAGGACCCAGCCACACCUACAAGGUUCAGAGACUGACAGAGUUCACAUGCUACUCCUUCAGAAUCCAGGCAGCGAGUGAGGCUGGGGAAGGCCCCUUCUCUGAAACCUACACUUUCAGCACCACCAAAAGUGUGCCCCCCACCAUCAAAGCACCUCGAGUAAUACAGUUAGAAGGAAAUUCGUGUGAAAUUUUAUGGGAGACGGUACCACCCAUGAAAGGCGAUGCUGUCAACUACAUUCUGCAGGUAUUGGUUGGAAGAGAAUCUGAAUACAAACAGGUAUACAAGGGAGAAGAAGCCGCCUUCCACAUCUCCGGCCUGCAGACCAGCACCGAGUAUCGGUUCCGUGUGUGCGCGUGUCGCCGCUGUCUAGACACCUCUCAGGAGCUCAGUGGAGCUUUCAGCCCCUCCACAGCUUUCGUGCUGCAGCCAAGUGAGGUCAUGCUUACAGGGGACAUGGGGAGCUUAGAUGACCCCAAAAUGAAGAGCAUGAUGCCUACUGAUGAACAGUUUGCAGCCCUCAUUGUGCUUGGCUUUGCAACUUUAUCCAUUGUAUUUGCCUUUAUAUUACAGUACUUCUUAAUGAAGUAAACCCAACAAAACUAGAGGUAUGAAUUUAAUUAAUGCUACACGUUUUAAUACACACAUUUAUUCAGAUACUCCCUUUUUAAGCCUUUUUGUUCUUUGAUUUAUAUACUCUUGUUUUGCAGAUGUAGCUAGGAAAAUAAAUGUCAGUGUUUGGGUGCACUUUUCUGAAAUGCAAAACUAGAAAGAGGUUAAACUGGAUUUAAACAAAAAAAAAAAAAGAGGAGAAAAGCAAACCAGAUACCAAAAGCUAGCUCUCUUAUGUUUCUCUUAAAUUUUCAUAUUUGCCUGUAUUCUGUUUCCACUGAUGUCUUUUGCAAGCCUUCAAUUUUUUUUUUAUGUUACAGUUUAGUAAUUUAUAUCUCCAGUCACUUGUUACAUGUUGAUCAUCUGUAUCUGCAAACAUGAAUCACAGUGUGUGGAGUUGCAGGGCAAGGGUCUCGGCCCCAGAGCAUUAGCACACAGCAGCGUCACGCAGGGGUGGGCCUACUCGGAUAAGAUCGCCCUCAACAACCAUUUUGUUACUCAGUUAGUUGGCUGUGUUUAGCUCAUUUAAAUCAAAAUCUGUACUUCAAUCUCAAAUGUUUUAAUACUCUGUAUUUCUUAUGAUUUUAACACUAAUGAGCUGCCUGUAUAAGAAAUCAAGUCACCAAAAUGCACCUAUAAAUUAUGGAGCAUUGUAGAUUUUACCACAUCAAUCCACAGCAGUAACUUUAAGAGGGCAUUGUGCAAUAGUUAGUUGUUCCUUGUCCAGCUAUUUUAAAAGCUGCUUUAACUUGUUUCUCUUUGUAUAUAACUAUUUCUAAUCUAAUCACUAGAGUUAUUAUAUUCUGUUAUGUUUGACCAGAACAAUAUGACAAGAACUGGUGACAGUUUAGUGCCUCUGCCCACUGUCCGUGAUUUACACUAAUUGUGAGCAAUCUUCUUAGGUGUCAGCUCAUUAUUUUUGACAGAUUUGCCUUUCGGCUGUUCUUGGAGGUAUCAAUGAAGAGAUGGAAUUUCAAUACCUUAAUUCAGUGCCCAUAAUACUGAUGUAACAGCAGAUGGAAAUUGGUAAAACCCUAAAGAGUCAUCUUGUAGUUCCUAUUUCUGUAGGUUUGCCUGGCCACAGUUGGAGAGGGGAUGGUAUUUGGCGGUAAGCACAGGGUGUUUGGGGGUCAAGGAGCCUAGAUUCUCUCCCUGGAUCUGUCGCUGACUUGCUGCGUGACCUGAACACGUCACUUUACCUCUCUGUGCCUCAGUUUUCCCAUGCAUGAAAAAUAAAAUAAAAUUAAAAUGGGGAUUCUAAUGUUUGUAAGUGCUUUGAGAUCUUUGAUCAACAGGUGCUAUUGGAGUGCAAAGUGUUACUCUUGCAUGUUUAUUGUGAGUCAUGAGAUAAUCAAUUUUAACCCAAAGUCAUUGGAUGAUUUUUAUGAAGUCCAUAACGCUUGAGUACCUCAGGGACAUAGAAGAGUUGGAGGUGCAAAUAUAUUCCAAAAGGGUGCAACAGACACAGUGUAUCCCCCGCUUCUGUUUUUGUAUAUUUUUGCUCCUGGUUUUUCUCAAUCAUAGCUACUUUGUGCUUGGUCUGUGUUGGCUGAGAUGCAGCAUCCUGUACUAGCUUAUGAUAUUCCCAUACCAAAGUCAUGGGGAAACCAACAUUAUUUUGUUUCUGGUUUAUUUAUACUAUAUUCUGCAUACAGUACUUUAAAUGCCAAUUACAGUGCAAUCUUUAUUUAUUGUAAAAUUUUUUAAAUGUACUUAAUGUACUAAUUUUCCCUUAUAGCAUGUUAUUUUUUGUGUGUAUGUUUUAUACUUUUGUAAUUUUAGGUCAGUCUUGUUCCUUGGCAACAUCUGUAGUAUUAUUAAUCUUCUGACAUUUUCUUGUGUUUUUAAAAGAUAAGAGCAUCUAGUGCAUUAAAUGCCAAAAAAAGAAAAAAAGCAUUAUCCAUGAUUGAAACGUUUACAUGUACCCAAAACCAUAAUCAUCUCCUGAAAGAAAGUGCUAAGAUCAAUGAAUUAUUCUGUGUGCCUAUAUUGGUGUAGUAAGUACUAGAGAGUUUUGUAUUUUAUUAUUGACUAUAGUAAGUAGCUUAAUUAGCCUUGCAAACUGAUGACAUCAAGGAAAUAUAUUUUUGCCAAAGUUCUGGCCUUCCACAAGUCAUCCCUCUAUUUAAAUGUGUGAUACGCCCACCGUGAUGUUGCAUCUGCAUUUUCUGAGAUGAUUCCAUGCAGGUGUUUUGGGGAGAAGGUAUUUUUUUAAGCAAUGAAAAUUCAUCUAAGUACAAAACCCUCUUCGAGGGCAGGGGGGAGUCUUUUUUUAAAAAAAAAAAAAAAACACUUCAGAACUGCUGCUAUAAAGAAAUUCUCGGAAUUGGUUCGAUUUUUAAAAAUGAAUAGUACUCUAAGUCAAAAUUGUUAUGAGUGUUGGAUCUUUUUUAGACUUUCAUACUGUCUGCUUUGCCACCAGAAAGCUGAAGUGUCUAAGACACACACAGCGGCACUUUAUUUUAUUGCUCUCUGUUACUUGGUUUCAUUUAUAGCCCUUCAGUCAGAAAAUUGUUACUUUCUGUGGACUGUUUUCUAUCUCAGUGUGUCUGUGUGACUUUGGCAUAUAGCUAUGGUCAUUGCCAUUACACAUGAACAGUAAAAUAAAGUGUUACAUUAGCCUGAUCCCUUUGCCACUGGCUGUGCGCGGACAGCUGCAGAGAGUGAGCAGCUUGGUGCCCUGACUCUUCUCUGUGUGUCAGACUCAGCCCUGACAGGAGAAAGUCCAGGCACCUGGAGCAAACUGCCCUUUGUCCUCAAAGAAAUUGUUUAAAAAGAAAACUUUUUUAGAAGAUUUUUUUUUCAUAUUAUCUGCCUUGUUCUUAUCAACUUGAAACGUUGGCAUUUUUCUAACCUUGUUUUGUUGGCUACAGUGAUUCAGUAUUCAUGUCAAAAUUGAGAAGUGCCCUAAUCGAAUGUGUUUGAAUGUUGUCCUUGCACAAUCCUUUAAAAUGAAAGACAAAAAUGUCUUUACCUCACUGUUGGACAUACAUUCCAAGCUUUUCAACUUUAGGAGAAAAAAAGAAAUAAUCAUAUGUUUUCCUGUAUUGUAAAUUUUAGACUAUUUCAUAUACAUUGUAUUAAAGCUGCCAUAUCAAUUUUAAUGUAUAGAUUUUGCAAAUACUAUGCUAUAUGUAAUACCUAACUGUAUCUGUAGUGUAUAUGUAAUAUAUUUAUGCCCAAUAAAUGUUUUAAUUCUUUCUGACUUAA